GACAGAGUUUAUGACGAGAGGCACCCAUUGCGAAGUCCUGAAUAAAGCCGGAAUUGCCACCGAACCGUCCGAUACUCGACCCAUCUCGAUUCUGCCAGCAAUAAUGAAAAUUGUCGAGCGCGUUGUACAGGCGCAGCUCAUUGCUUAUCUCGAGGACAAUUGCCUGCUCUCCGAUUGUCAACACGGGUACCGUAAAUUCCGUUCCACUGAAACCGCACUGCACGUGAUCACCGAUCUGGCGCUUCACGCUAUGGACAACGGCGAGAUAAGUAUUCUAGUACUUCUCGAUUUAUCUAAAUGUUUUGACGUUGUUCCGCAUGACAAGCUGCUAGAAAAGCUGUCUCUCUACGGCAUCACUACCAAAUGGUUCCGUGACUAUUUGGCCGACCACGCGCAGCAGGUGCAGGUACGGUGCGCAGACGGAAGGAUGCUACUUUCUGAUAAAAAGAGCAAUGUGAUCGGUGUAUACCAGGGCGGCGCCCUCAGUUGUAUUCUGUACAUGCUGUUUGCGAACGACCUUAGCUUGCAUGUGCCGGACGGUGUUAGUGUUGUCCAGUAUGCUGACGACACACAACUGAUAGUGACAGGCAGAAAGUGUGACUUACCGCAGCUCGUCGCCCGUAUGGAGCACGCACUCGACAUGUUGUACCAGUGGUUUUGCUUCAACCGUAUGAAGCUCAACUCCAAGAAGACGCAGAUGUUAGUGCUAGGUACCCCCUCAAUGCUGCGCAAUGUACCACCUGUGACGUUGACCUUCAAUGGAGAUGUCAUUCCAGACUCAGGAGUAGUUAAAAACCUCGGUGUUCAACUUGACAGGCAUCUAAAUUUUGAGGCUCAGAUAGACAAUAUGUCCCAUAAGUGCGCCGGUAUUCUGAUAGCCCUAAGUCACGCACGUCACGUCAUACCUAGACCUGUGUUAAAGGGCAUCACAGAAGCUCUAGUGUUAUCCAUUGUGCGCUACUGCAUGUCGGUGUAUGGGUCUUGUACUAGCACACAGCUGCACCGUGUACAGAAGACCAUCAACUUCUGCGCACGUGUCGUGACCGGGAAAAGGCGAUGUGAUCACAUCUCGGGUGCCAUAUCGAGCCUCGGCUGGAUCACGGCCGAACAGUUGGUGGCUUACCAUACCUUGUGUGCAGUCGAGCGGACGAUGAAGUCAGGUCAUCCGGACUUUCUUCUUAAGACCUUCGGACAGCGAGCCCACCAGCGGCAUGAUCAUAACACCAGGCGAGCGGACUCGUUUACCCUUCCGGCCAUCCGUGUGGAGGCCGGCAGGCGGCGACUCUGUUACCGCGGUGUGUCACUGCUGAACGACAGCGGCAUUGAGCCUGGCACUUUGUCUUUCCGGGCAGAUGCCAGGCUGUUCGCUGGAUCUCUCUGAUUCACGAUAUCGUUUCUGGUGCGAGUGUAUGCAUGGUAUGCGAAUGUUUGUAGUCAUUUCCGUGUGCCUGUUCCAACUUCCCAUUGUAUUACCAUUCAGACGCGAGUAAGUGAAAAGCCAUGUAAUCGUGGAUCUUAUUCAAAUAAAUCUG